AUGUUUGACCCCGCCAAUGACAUCAAGCGCUGGCGCGAGUCUGAGCUCACCCACGGCCGCGUGGCGAUGCUGGCUGCCCUCGGGUUUGUUGUUGGCGAGCAGCUGGAGGACUUCCCUGCCUUCAUGAACUUUGACGGCUCGAUCACUGGCCCCGCCAUCUACCAGUUCCAGCAGGUAGAGGAGGCGCGCCCUCUCUUCUGGGAAUCUCUGCUCCUCUUCAUUGGCCUGGCUGAGAGCUUCCGCGUCGCCGACGAGUAUGAGCCCGGCACCCUGGGCUUUGACCCCCUGGGCCUGAAGCCCAGCGACCCCGAGGAGCUCUUUGAGCUGGAGACCAAGGAGCUGAACAACGGGCGCCUGGCCAUGAUCGGCGUCGCCGGCUUUGUGCUGCAGGAGCUGGCCGUCAAGCGCGGAAUCUUUGAGCACCUGGCCCUUUACCUGGAGCGGGAGGCGAUCCUGGAGAUUGAGGACCUGGACCCCGCCCUCAACAUCGCCCUGCCGACCAUCCCUUGA